GUCCAGGAGGUCUUAGCUCACUUUUUCUCUCUCGCUCUCCCCGCGUGAAGGAUUAAAAGGCAUUUGUAUUUUCUUCCCGCUGCAUUUAGAGGUGGGAAUUUUGGACGGACGGCGAAGAGGAAUGAAAGUGUGAAGCGGCUCCUCACGGCUCUUCUCUUCAGUAUGAGAAGUUUGUAAAAACAGGACUUGAAUAUCGACGACACUCUCGCGGAGUAGAUGGAGGAGCCAGAAGAUAAAUGUUACUGUGCGGGCUGCAGAGGAAAAAUUCAAGACUCAUUUCAAAUGAAAGUCCUCCAGGACACCUGGCACAACGCCUGCUUUAAAUGCUCUGUGUGCUGUGAUCACCUUACUAACUGGUACUAUGAGAAGGACGGCAAGCUGUACUGUCGCAAACACUACUGGGAAAACUUUGGAGAGCUCUGUCAUGGUUGCUCUCUCCUCAUGACUGGACCUGCGAUGGUGGCUGGAGAACAUAAGUACCAUCCUGAGUGUUUUGUGUGCUUGAGCUGCAAGGUGGUCAUUGAAGACAGGGAUACCUACGCUUUAGUCGAGAGGUCGAAACUCUACUGUGGCCAGUGCUACAAGCAGGAGGUUCUCACACCCAUGUUGGAAAAACGCUCGCACGACUCUGUCCUAGACUCCCUGCCCCACACAGUGACUCUUAUCUCGAUGCCUUCUGCAGCCAAUGGGAAGAGAGGCCUCUCUGUGUCAGUGCUGAGGGAUGUCAACGGCUCAGCUAGUGUUCAGGUCAAAGAGGUCAGAGGGAUGCUUAUUAGUCCAGAGGUUCGAAAUGCCAUCCAUGUUGGAGACCGGAUUCUGGAGAUCAAUGGCCUUCCUGUAGCGACUCUGAUGGAGCAGGAGGUGGAUGAUCUUAUCCACCGUACCAGUCACACGCUGCAGCUUCUAAUAGAGUAUGACCCAGUCAGGCAGCGUUUGGACCAGCUAAGGCUAGAAUCACCAGGGAACCGACUUGGGGUCCCAGCCACCUCCCGCAUGCGCAUGUCUUCACCAUCUGACACAGUCCUGGAGAGAACAGAUGUGGCUGACGAUGGCACGCUGAGAAGAAGAUCUUUGAGGCGCAGUAACAGUAUAUGCAAGUCACCAGGACCAUAUUCUCCUAAGGACCCACCCUUUAUUACACGAGACAUCGGGCGCUCUGAGUCCUUGAGAUCCUCCACUAGCUGCUCUCAUCGCAUUUUUCGGCCAUGUGACCUCAUACACGGCGAGAUCUUAGGGAAAGGGUUUUUUGGACAGGCCAUCAAGGUGACUCAUAAAGCCACAGGAGAAGUGAUGGUGAUGAAGGAGCUGAUCCGCUGCGAUGAGGAGACCCAGAAAACCUUCCUUAAAGAGGUCAAAGUAAUGCGAAGCCUUGACCAUCCCAAUGUUUUGAAGUUUAUCGGCGUCCUGUACAAAGACAAGAGGCUCAAUUUGAUAACUGAGUUUAUUGAGGGAGGCACACUGAAGGAUUUCAUCAGAGACAUGGACCCAUUUCCAUGGGAUCAGAGGGUGAGCUUUGCAAAGGGUAUCGCUUCUGGCAUGGCUUAUCUUCACUCAAUGAACAUCAUCCACAGAGACCUAAAUUCUCACAACUGUCUGGUUAAACUGGACAACACCGUAGUCGUUGCUGAUUUUGGACUGUCCCGACUUGUAGUAGAAGAGAAAGUGAAACCUCCACCUGAAAAACCUACUACUAAGAAGCGGUUUAGACGGAUUGAUCGAAAGAAGCGGUACACGGUUGUGGGAAACCCUUACUGGAUGGCUCCAGAGAUGCUAAAUGGUAAACGUUACGAUGAGAAAGUGGACAUUUUCUCCUUUGGAAUUGUUCUCUGUGAGAUCAUUGGACAAGUCUAUGCAGACCCCGAGUGCCUCCCCAGGACUUUGGACUUUGGCCUAAAUGUUGGCAAGUUUGUGGAGAAGUUUCUCCCUGAAGACUGUCCAACAGCUUUCUUUCCACUGGCUGUAGCCUGCUGUGACCUAACACCAGACAACCGUCCACCUUUCCAGAAGCUUGAGGACUGGUUUGCAGCUCUCUCCCUCAAUCAGGAGCUGGGAAUCCCCCUGCCAGCCGAACUCGACGAGCUGCAUCAGAAUCUGAGUCGACUUUAUUGGCCUAAAGACGGCUCUCCAAACCAGAGCUCCAGUCAGUCAUUAAGCCCAGUGGCAGCCUCUCCAGAUAGCUCAAGCAUGACAGACAGUGGCACCUAGGACUUCUGCUUAUUCUGUCUGUAUUUACUUUUUGUGACACCUCUGAACUGCUGCACUGUGGAUGAGUUAAAAGAGGAAAAUUGUAUUGAACCCGAGCCAUAUUAAAACUGGAUAACCUGAGGUAGCUGGACCAAUCUGUGUUUGAUGGACUGUGUGAGUACCAGUGAACUGCAGUAAGAAUGGAAAGACAUUUCAAAAUGAGGCAUUGAUUAAUUUCUCCCACGCCACUCAUUACACAAAAGGCUGUUUUACUGUUUACUCCAUACACAAGACAAAUGUCCUCCCUGACAGAGGGAAAGCAUCUUUCUGAGGCGGAGGACUUUACACUCCCAUGUGACAAGAGUUUUCUUUUUUUUUUUUUUUUUUUUUUGAGUUUUGGCUCUGAAGUUGUUGUUGCUGUGUGUGGAAUGCACAGAUCAGUCCCCGCCCAAAAGAAGAGUCGCUUCACUUCAGCAGCAAAGAAAACAAAGGUCCUUGACAGUCUAGCUCAUUGGCAUGCCUGAAUAAACAGCAGGGCACGAAAAAAAAACCAGGUGUGGCCUGGGGAAGAAAUGAAAGGAGAACCCACACUGCUGUUGGUGAGAACAGGCACAUGAUGGCAAAGAAAU